AUGACCGUCACACCCACAACUGUAUUUGUCUCCGGAGCUACAGGCUUCAUUGCACAGCACAUCGUCAAGCUUCUAAUUGACAAGGGCUACAAUGUAGUAGGCACGGUGAGAUCGUCCGAAAAGGGCGAAAACUUGAAGAAGUUGCUCAAUUCCAACAGCUUCUCCUACGAGAUUGUGAAGGACGUCGAGCCAGCAGGUGCCUUCGACGAGGCCUUGAAAAACCACCCGGAGGUAACUGUCUUUUUGCACACGGCCUCUCCGUUCCACUUUAAAGCAUCGGACGCCGAAAAGGAGUUGCUCAAGCCUGCCGUCAACGGUACGAAAAACGCCUUGAAUGCCAUCAAGACGUACGGCCCCCAGAUCAAGCACGUGGUGGUCACUUCUUCUUACGCCGCCAUCAUGAACCUCAGCAAAGGAAACGACCCCAGCCACGUCGAUACCGAGGAGCUGUGGAACCCGAUCACGUGGGAAGAGGCCAAGCUGGGCCCUGGGCCCGGGUAUGUGGGAUCCAAGACAUUUGCCGAGAAGGCAGCGUGGGACUUUGUGAAAGACGAAAAGCCCAAUUUCACCAUCAACUACAUCAACCCAGUGUACGUGUUUGGCCCACAAACCUUCGACUCCGAGGUGAAGGACGAGCUCAACACGUCCUCGGAAAUUAUUAAUGGUUUGUUGAAUUUGGGCAAGGACUCGGAUGUGCCGGAGACUGCAGGCUCGUUUGUCGAUGUCAGAGACGUGGCCAAGGCGCACUUGGUUGCGUUCGAGAAGAACUUGUCCAACCAGCGCUUGCUUAUGACAUCGUCGAAGUUCAACGGCCAGGACUUGUUGGAUGUGUUGAACGCCAGGUUUGAGUCUUUGAAGAACAAGUUGCCUAUUGGCAACCCAGGUUCUGGAAAGGAGGCUGCCAAACAAACCUGCCAGCUCGACAACAGCAAGACCCGCGAGAUUCUUGGCUUCCCCCUCAUUGACUUGGAGACGUCUGUGGUGGACACCGUGGCGCAAAUCCUUAAAGCCAGAGGCAGAAAGUAG